GCGUGGGGGGUGGGGGUGGAGACCGAGGUGUACGAACGAGGGCGUGUAGGUCUAAUUCCCCACCCUCGACACCGUCACACUUUAAACCCAGCACUUUCGCUUCAAAUUCCUGCCCCACCCCGCGAGAGGGGCGGAGGCCGGCCAGGUUCUAGGGUUCAGGACCCCGAAACCCACCCUCUUACCCCGCCGAGGCGGCCGGCCCGCGCCCACUCCGGGACCUCCCGACCACCCUUCCGGGCAGGAGCAGGACGCGAAGCGCCCCCGAGCCAAGGACGCCAUGGCCACGUCAGCGCCCCUGCGCAGCCUGGAGGAGGAGGUCACCUGCUCCAUCUGCCUCGAUUACCUGAGGGACCCCGUGACCAUCGACUGCGGCCACGUCUUCUGCCGCAGCUGCACCACCGACGUCCGCCCCGUGUCGGGGGGCCGCCCCGUCUGUCCCCUCUGCAAGAAGCCGUUCAAGAAGGAGAACAUCCGGCCCGUGUGGCAGCUGGCCAGCCUGGUGGAGAACAUCGAGCGGCUGAAGGUGGACAAGGACAGGCAGCCGGGAGACGUGGCCCGGGAGCAGCCAGACGCCAGGCUGUGUGAGCGGCACCGGGAGAAGCUGCAUUACUACUGCGAGGAUGAUGGGAAGCUGCUGUGCGUCAUGUGCCGCGAGUCCCGGGAGCACAGACCCCACACGGCCGUCCUCGUGGAGAAGGCCGCCCAGCCCCACAGGGAAAAAAUCCUGAACCACCUGAGUACCCUAAGGAGAGACAGAGACAAAAUUCAGGGCUUUCAGGCCAAGGGAGAAGCUGAUAUCCUGACUGCACUGAAGAAGCUCCAGGACCAGAGGCAGUACAUCGUGGCUGAGUUUGAGCAGGCCCACCAGUUCCUGCGGGAGCGCGAGCGGCACCUGCUGGACCAGCUCGCCAAGCUGGAGCAGGAACUGGCGGAGGGCCGCGAGAAGUACAAGAGCAGGGGCGUUGGGGAGCUGGCCCGGCUGGCGCUGCUCAUCUCCGAGCUGGAGGCCAAGGCGCAGCAGCCGGCUGCAGAGCUCAUGCAGGACACCAGGGACUUCUUGAACAGGUAUCCACGGAAGAAGUUCUGGAUUGGGAAACCCAUUGCUCGGGUGGUUAAGAAAAAGACGGGAGAAUUCUCAGAUAAACUUACGUCCCUUCAGCGAGGCCUGAGAGAGUUCCAAGGGAAGCUGCUAAGAGACUUGGAAUAUAAGACAGUCAGUGUCACGCUGGACCCGCAGUCGGCCAGUGGGUACCUGCAGCUGUCGGAGGAUUGGAAGUGUGUGACCUACAGCAGCCUCUACCAGGGUGCUUACCUGCACCCCCAGCAGUUCGACUGCGAGCCGGGGGUGCUGGGCAGUAAGGGCUUCACCUGGGGCAAGGUGUACUGGGAAGUGGAGGUGGACAGGGAGGGCUGGUCCGAGGAGGAAGAGGAGGGGGAGGAGGAGGAGGAGGGGGAGGAGGAAGAGGAGGAAGAGGAGGCGGGCUACGGGGAUGGGUAUGAGGACUGGGAGACGGACGAGGACGAGGAGUCCUUGGGGGAGGAAGAGGAGGAGGAGGAGGAGGAGGAGGAGGAGGUUCUUGAAAGCUGCAUGGUGGGGGUGGCCAGAGACUCUGUGAAGAGGAAGGGGGACCUGUCCCUGCGGCCAGAGGACGGGGUGUGGGCGCUGCGCCUCUCCUCUGCGGGCAUCUGGGCCAACACGGACCCCGAGGCCGAACUCUUCCCGGCCCUUCGGCCCCGGAGGGUGGGCAUCGCCCUAGAUUAUGAAGGAGGCACCGUGACAUUCACCAACGCAGAGUCACAAGAACUCAUCUACACCUUCACCGCCACCUUCACGCGGCGCCUGGUCCCCUUCCUGUGGCUCAAGUGGCCUGGGACACGCCUCCUGUUGCGACCCUGAGCCCACCGCUUGCUGCCUCCCUUCUUGGGGAUUCCAGGACCGUGAUGGGGAGGGGUGUCUGGCCAUGGCACCUGGAGCAGUGCACGCCCCCCCCCCGUGGCUGUGGCCCCUUGAGGCUUGCUCGGUGCCACCGCUCUGUCACCCAGCUCCUCCCCCAGCCCCGGGGGUUCCCAAGCAGAUUUCUGACCCCGGAGUCCUUGAGGGCCCCUCUGCUGCCCACGGCCUUUGGCCCAGCGCUGCACGCUCUUUGUUGAAUGGAGACGAGCUAGCAUUUAGUCGCCCAGUCUGGCGUCUGGUGCUGGCCUGCACCUGAGGUCACUUGCCGUCCUCCAUCCCCCGGCGUCCCCCUCGCCGACAUCCUCUCUGCUGCCAGCCUUCCCUGCCACCCUAACUCAGAGUGACGCGCGUGAACGUGAGCAGAGCGAAAACCCGCCACGGGUUCUGGGCCAUUUGAAUGAGCCUCCUGGAGCACCGUGGAGUUGCCAGGCCCCGAGUGGGUGCCUCGCUUCUGAGACCAGGGUCCAACGUCUGACAUUUGCACAUCGAAGAAGCCAGGACCCUUGGAGCCUCUUGGGGGAGGGAUCUGGAGACCUGUGGCUUUACGGCCACACGUGUGGUCAGUGAUCAAUAAAUGACCUGAGGGUGGGGUCUUGGGAGGGGAAAUUGUAAAGGGAAGCCAGAAUAGCUGCUCUUGAUCAGUCAUCUAAAAUCACCAGGGCAGACAUCCGGUGCAGGAGAACCUCCCCCUGGGAAGCCCUGGCCAGUGCCUCCAGCAGGGUGGAAGCUUGGGCUCCGUUGUCCUGGGACAGGGGCGGUGGGGAGAGGAGAGGACGCCGGCGGGGCUCCCGGAGCUCGCCCGGCCUUCAUGCUGGUCUUCCUGCCGGGAGAGGGCUAGAGCGCGGCUCACUGCGCCCACUCGCCCCCUGCUUCAGCCGGACGCCCACAGCCUUUGUCCGCACCUGUCCCAGGCCUGGCACCAGCAUCCUGCACCCCAGCACCUCGGCCCCCACAUCAUCUGUAAAUGUCCCUCUGAUUUCUGCCUCUACUUUUGAACCCCCCACAGCACCUCCUGCAGUGCUGGGUACACAGCAGGUGGUCAGUAAAGACUUGUGGGAUGAACAGCCCGGGUUCAUAUAUUUUAUUAUAACCUUCCUGUGGCUCCAGAGCGGUUGCGUGGACAGCAGUGGCCCGGGGUCUCUCCUGGGCCCAGACAGGAACCCCCACAUCUCCCUCUCCCACUGUGCUGGCCCCAUGUCAACACCGAGCAUCCGUGUAGCCCAGGACGGCCCAUGACACGGCGACAUUCCGUGGCAUACCCAGAAUCUUCCCUUGGAAAAUGCGCGGUGCCUGCCCCGAAGGAAACGCAACCAGCUGAGCCUCCAUCCUGCCCUUGGACACACUCAGCCACCCAGCCAUUUCUGGUCUCUUCUUUCUGCUGGUUUUUUAAUUGCCAUGUUACAGAUAGAAAAGGAAGAAUUACAUAAAGCCCUUUCAAGAUCUCAUUUAUGACUCUUCCCCCUUUUUAUUUUUCAUUUGUUCUUUUUACUUUUCUUUCUAAAUAGAGAUAUGCAAAGUGUGUCAAUUAUUAGAAAUAAGACACGUUAAUAUGACGUCAGUUAAUCUACAUUCGAAUGCUGAGAGAGAAUAAUCAGUAGCAUAUUCUUGAAAAUUUACAUUUAUUUUGUUGAUUGAUGUGAAUUGUUCCCUAACAUUAUACUCUCCUAAUCUUUUAUUUAUGGAAAAAUUUCAGAAUUCUCAAAAUGCCUUUUAUCCUUUUUUGGAAAGAAUUUUUAUAUAAUGAGAUUUCUGUAACUUUUUAAGGUGAUCAUUGUAUAAUUAAAAUUUCCUAUUUAUUAAAUAGGGAACAUUUGCAUUUGAACAAAAUAUAAAUGCUUUCGGGUCAUGGUUUAACGAGUUUCCUGAGUGUGAAACUUCCAGAAUGAACUGUAGACGAUGAAGUUUUCGUAUGAAACAGCCUUUGAAAGUCAUAAAAACAUGUGCGUUAUGCUGCCA